UGCAUCCAUCCAUUUAGACGCCUUUCUUCAACAAGCCAUGGACGUCUUCUCGCCAUCCCAGGUCUACUACGACAGAGCGUGCGCUUCGUCCCCAGACAGCCUGGAGUUCGGCCCCGGCAUGGAGCUCGCUGGCUCCGAGGAGGACGAACACAUCAGGGUUCCCGGAGCCCCUCACCAGCCUGGACAUUGCCUCCAGUGGGCCUGCAAGGCCUGCAAACGCAAGUCCAGCUUUGUGGACCGCAGACGGGCCGCCACUAUGCGUGAACGCCGGCGGCUCAAGAAGGUCAACCACGCUUUCGAGGCUUUGAGGCGCUGCACCUCGGCCAACCCCAGUCAACGUCUGCCCAAGGUGGAGAUCCUGCGCAACGCCAUCCAGUACAUCGAGAGCCUGCAGGAGCUGCUACGAGAGCAGGUGGAAAACUUUUACGGCCUACCUGGAGAGAGCAGCUCCGAGCCAGGCAGCCCGCUGUCCAACUGCUCUGAUGGCAUGGCUGACAGCAACAGUCCAGUGUGGCAACAGCUGAAUGCAAACUACAGCAACAGCUAUUCAUAUGCAAAGAACGAGAGUUUGGACGAUAAAGCAGCCGGAGCCUCGAGUCUGCAGUGCCUGUCCAGCAUCGUGGACCGUCUGUCCUCGGUGGAGUCCAGCUGUGGACCGGCUGCUCUGAGAGACAUGGCCACCUUCUCCCCCGGCAGCUCCGACUCGCAGCCCUGCACACCGGAGAGCCCCGGGUCCAGGCCCGUGUACCACGUCCUGUGAAGGCGGCCUCGCUGUGACGUGGAUAUAUUGCCACAGGCACCAAACACCAGCUGCAGAGAUUAGAACUAGUUUUGUGCAAAUUGGAGGAAGACUCAACAGAAUCCGAGGACCUGUGGCCACCAUCUUUUUCUUUCCCCCCCGCUGUACAUGAGAUUGUAAAUAUGUAAUGUAAAUGCCCAUUUAUUCUAUACAUGCUAUUAUACCCAAUGAGACAUAUUUAAUUAUGACAAUUAAUGUAAUGUUGCAUUACUCAAAAACGGUAUUUAAGCAGCGUUGUAUCUUGUUACGGUUCAUUGUGUUGUGUUUAUUAAAUCUUUUGUUGUUUUGUACAAAAGUA